AUGCUUCCCCUCCCUUCCCCCCCUAAUUCCCCUCCUUUCCCUCCCUGCUUCCCCUCCUUUUCUCCACUGCCUCCCCUCCUUUCCCCCUGCUUCCCCUCCUUUGCCCCCUUGCUUCCCCUCCUUUCCCUCUCUGCUCCCCCUCCUUUCCUCCCUUGCUUCCCCUCCGUUCCCCCCUUGCUUCCCCUCCUUUCCGCCCCUGUUUCCCCUCCUUUCCCCCCUUCCUUCGCCUCCUUUCCCCCCAUGCUUCCCCUCCUCUCCCCCCCUCCUUCCCUUCCAUUGCCCCCUUGCUUCCCCUCCUUUCUCCCCUUGCUCCCCCUCCUUUCCCCCCUUUCUCCCAUGCUAACCCCCUCCCCUUGCUUCUCCCAUGCUAACCCCCUGUUCCCUCCCUCGUCCAAUCUCCUCACUUGCACCCUUCCUCUCUUCCGCACUCCCCCCUUUCCUCUCUGUCCCGCCUUUCCUCCCUUGCUUCCCCUCAUUUCCUCCCGUGCUUCCCCUCAUUUCCUCCCGUGCUUCCCCUCAUUUCCUCCCGUGCUUCCUCUCAUUUCCUCCCGUGCUUCCCCUCAUUUCAUCCCUUGCUUCCCCUCAUUUCCUCCCGUGCUUCCCCUUAUUUCCUCCCGUGCUUCCCCUCAUUUCCUCCCGUGCUUCCCCUCAUUUCCCUCCCUGCUUCCCCUCAUUUCCCCCCCUGCUUCCCCUCAUUUCCCCCACUGCUUCUCAUCAUGUCCCUCCCUGCUUCUCAUCAUGUCCUUCCCUGCUCUCCCAUAUCUCCCAUAUCUCCCCUGUUUGACCUUUUUCUUGUUCCCCUGUUUGACCUUUUUCUGA